UCUAAUUUUUAAUCAAUUGGUUUUUUUUGGUGAUAAUUAAUUAGACGAAUGUGAAUGUGAAGUGUUACCAGUGAAAAGAAUAAAAAAACAAAUGUUCUUUUGUUUUUUUUCUAUUCUAUUUUCUGUCUGUGUUGUUUAGAGUUGGAUUUCUUGUGUAAUAGAUGGCGACCAUUUCUCCUUUAAUUGUGAUUAAUUUUGAUUCUUUUUCUUAAUUGUUAUAUGUAAUUUUAAUUUUUCUAGUGACAAUUUUAUGUUAAUUUAAUAGACUACAAAUGAUUACCUGUUGUUGUCUUGAUCUUCUCUAUGGUUUCUCCAUGUUUUCUUCACAAUGAGAAUAGAUUAUUGGUUUUACCGUUUGGAUUAUGUUCACCAUUUCAAUUGGAUUUCUUCAAUUGAAUUUAUCGACUCGCAAUUUAUGGUUAAUUCACAAGGAUGAUUAAUUUACUAGCCAGUGUCCGAAAUAUUGAAAGGAAAUGGGAAAUAACCUAAAUAAUGGUCAAAAUUAUAUUUGAUAAUCAAUAUAAAUUUGAAAGUAAAACAUGGCGAUGAUUAUGGUUAUUGAUGAGAAGAAAAGUCAAAAAUGGAGACAGAGAAAAGGAUUAAAUUAACCCAUUGUCAUUCAUUCCAUAGGACGAUUACUAUUUGUCUCAAUAAUCCAUCUCAAGCCAAUGUGAGCAAAACAACAAAAAGGAGUAAAUCAGUAAAAACCGUUAAUUAGUGUAAUUCAAAUCUCAACAAUUAUCGUUUAUUAUUCCCUUGGUAACAACAAUUUGACAAAAUGAGCGAUCAACUUUCCCUCUCUGGUCAACAAUAUCCAAAGCCAUGGAUGGAAGUUAAUCAAGAUCAGCCUAGAUUAGUUAGACUACUAUUUAACCAGGAAGAAUUUAAGUUCACAGAUGAUGCAAAUGAAAACGAUCAACAAAUUGAUGAUGAUAAAAGUAGAGCUAAUUUCGCACAAUCAAUCAAAGAAGCAGCUCAAACAUUUGAUUUGUUUGUUGAGAAUCGGCUUGAUGAGUGUUUAUCAUUAUGUGAAGCGAAAGCAUCGAAUAGUAUUUACCAUCGAUAUGGAAUCGGUGUAAUGAUUGGUGUAAAUGCUUUCUUUUCAAUGGAACCCAAUGUAAUUAAUCAUGCAAUCAAUGAAUUGAGUAAAAUUGUUGAUUUUCUGGAUAAACGUAAAGACAAAUCAGGUGGAUUAUUUAGUAAUCCAAAUUAUCAAGAGAUUACCGAUGAACAAGCUCAUGCAGCCUUAUGUUUCACUGAACUUAACGCAAUGUUGGCCUUUCUCAAGCCGAUGGCUGAUAAAAGUUUCAAAGGUUUUCUAAGUUCAGCCUUCCGAUUGAAAUCAUCUUACACUGGAUUCAAGGGUUGCCUGGCAAUGUAUCGAAAGAAACCAUUUCAAGAUGAACUAUCAUGCGAAGAAUUUCAAACGGGAGUUCGUAUGAUUUAUGGCAUUUUCGGUCUUUUCUUUUCCCUUCUACCAGCUAAAUUUACUUCUCUCCUCGAAUAUUUUGGCCUUUUCAAUAAUCGUUACGCUGGACUGGACAUUCUUAAAAAGUGUAUCACAUGUAAACAUACACUUCGUUACUCGGUUUCAUCGGCUUUCAUCAUUGCUUACUUUGCUUUCCUCGAUUACUUUUUCAGUCUAGGUGAAAGUGACCUUAACAUGGUGGAUACCAUAGUUACCGAUUGGGGUAUUAAAUAUGGAAAAACUUACUAUUACUAUUUGAUAAAAGGAAUGGGAGCAAUGACACAUUCACAGUUCGAAGAAGCUUGUACAACGUUAACACAAUCGUUCACUUUACCAGCGAUUUCACCAAAUCUUUAUAAGAUGUCCUACUUUUUUAUGGCCUUAUCCAAGAUUCAGUUAUGCCAAUGGUCCGAAGCGGCAAAUAUGAUGAAAAUAUUAGCCGGAGAUAAAAUUUCACCCGCUACAACGACCUACUUUUACGCUAUUUUGCUUUAUAUGGAAUAUGAUUUAAAUGGUGAAAAGAAACACGCCAAUCAAAUAAUUGAUUUAAUGAAGAUAAUCCCAAGUCUGAAGAAAACCCUUGGAGGAAGGAAACCUUUUCAUGAGAAACUGGUUUAUGAACGUAGCAUAAAAUUCAAUGGAAAUUCAAUGGAUAAAUCACUUUUCUUACCAACAUUUGAAAUUAGUUACAUUUGGAAUCUAUUUCGGAUGUCACGAUCAUCUACUUCGUGUCUAAAUCGUUACAUGGACAUUGUGGAUGCUAAAUUGUCAGAGUAUAAUUUAAAUGGUGAAGAUAACAAUCAAUCCAACCAAAAAGCUCACGAUAAUCCUGAUCAAUAUGCGACUCUCAUAUUUUACAAGGCACAUCUAACGGAUCUACUUGGUAACCCUUAUGAAGCAAUUGAUUAUUAUCAUCAAGUAUUAGAAUGGGAUUCUAAAUUAACCACGGAGAAACACAUAAUUCCCCAAUCGUACUAUGAACUUGGUUAUUUAUUUCGUAAAAUUGAACGUUACGAAGAUUGCGAAAAGUAUCUGACCAAGAGUAAAUUGUAUCGAGGUUACCUGACAGAAUCGAUGAUCACCUACCGUGUUAACCUGGUUUUCGAGCAGGUUAAGAAGAUAACUAAGGUUAAAAGGAAACUAUCCUCACCUUAUGAUCGUCGAAAAAGCUCAAUCAUUGAUCCAUCCAUGUUUAAUCGACCUGUAUCUUAUUCUUAAUCCCUGAUGAUUGACUUAAUUGGAUUAGAUGGAUUUACGAUCAUUGACAAUCUUUAAACAAUUAAUUUUACUUUAUGUUAUCAUCAUCAUUUUAUUAUUAUUAUGUUACAACUUUGCCUUAUCUUUGUAACUAUUUAACUAUUCCUAUGGUUAAUUAAUUGAUUAAUUAAUUAUGUAUUCAUUGAUUGUUUCAAUUAACCUAUUGAGUUGUUGAUUUGUUUCAUCCUUAUUAUUUUUCAUGGGAUGUUUUUUGUUUGUUGUUGUUGGAGUCCUUUGAUUUUGUUUUCAUUGAAAUAAAUGAUGAGAGACACAAUCAGUAGUUUGAUUCAGAUAAUUAAAAGUGAUUUUAUUUUUGUUCAAUUGUGACAAAAAUAAAGCCUAAAUUUGUUUGGACAUUUUUUUUACAAAACGAUUGGAAGAGGGAAGAGGCAAAGUAGGGAGUGGGAAGUGGGUUUGGAGUGAGAGGGGAACAGGUUUGAGGUUUGAGGUUUACUAUUGAUCGAAAAUUGUGAUCACUGGUUUUAAUAUAAAAAAGUUAAUUAAUCUUGAGUGUGUGUGUAUGAUUCGCAUCAUGGUUUGGUCUUAUGGCGAGUGAAAAGUGA